AUGGAAUCAGGGAGAGGUAGAUAUGGGCUCAUUAUGCCAAAAAAAUUGCCACAGAAAAAUCUUGUUUCAAAGAAACUCUCAGUGUUCGCAGAUGACUCUGAUGAAGAGCCGUCUGUUGGUGAAAGUCUUCAGAAAGAAGCAUUGAAAAAACAAGCAAUGAAACAGACUAAAUUGGAGAUUCAGAAGGCUUUGGAGGAAGAUGCUACAGUGUAUGAAUAUGACAGUAUUUAUGAUGAAAUGCAGCAGAAGAAGAAAGAAAGUAAUGCCAGACUGUUAUCUGGAAAAGAUGACAAAAAGCCCAGAUACAUCCAAAAUAUCCUCAAAGCAGCUGAGAUUAGAAAGAAGGAGCAAGAAAAAAGAAUGGAAAGAAAAAUUCAGAAGGAACGUGAAAUGGAAGGGGGAGAGUUUGCUCACAAGGAGGCUUUUGUGACUUCAGCCUAUAAGAAGAAGCUGCAAGAAAGGGCGGAGGAGGAGGAAAGAGAAAGAAGAGAGGCAGCUCUCGAAGCAUACCUGGAUGUGACCAAACAGAAGGAUCUCAGUGGAUUUUACAGGCAUCUUUUAAACCAGAGGGUAGGGGAAGAAGAGAUGCCUAAAUGCAGCUUCCGUGAAGCCAGGAUGAAGGAAGAAAAAUCUGACAGUUGUUAUGAGGAAUCCAACCAAAGGAACAAAUGCCCCUCUGAAAGGCAAAGAGUGAAGCCCUCUGCUAAGAAAGAGAAUAAUCCAGAUGCUGAUACUGACUUGGGAACUGAUAGUAGUGAUGAUGAUAUGAGACACAAAAAUAGUAAAAUAAAUUUGAAAAAGAAGAAGAGGAGAGAGAGCUCUGUGAGCAGUGAAGAGGAGCCUAAACAUCCCAAAAGCCAGAGGCAUUCCAGGUCACCAAGCUCAUCCAGUGUGGAGGAAGAGCUGCACACAAAAGCCCAAACAAAUGAUCUUGCAAAGAGGGGAGAGAGCAGACCAAGCAGAAGGGGAAAUGAUGAACAGUACAGGGAAAAAGAUUAUGAGAGAAGUAGGACCCAUGAAAAGGAUCACCAAAGGGAAAAGGAAGAGCGACAUAGGUAUGGAGAUCACACUAAUAAAGAUAACUAUAGAAGUAGGGAAGAGCAGGAUGAUAAACAAAGGGGGAAGGAAAGAAAAGAGAGGGAGGGACAUAGCAGAGAAUGGAGGAAGGCAAAGGAGAGAGACGAGAAGGGCUCAGAAAAGGAACGAGAGAAAGAAAGAAUAAGAAAUGGUAAAGAUAGAUAUAAUGACAGAGGGAAGGAGAGAGGAGAGAAAUGCAGAGAAAAGGAAGAUCAUGUGAAGGAGAGGAGAGAGAAAUAUGGUAGUGAUGAAAAGAAAUACAGAGAGAGAAGGGAAGGUACUCCUACAUCUUUAGAAAAAGAUGGAGAGACUGAUCUGGAAAAAGAGAGAAAAGGAAAAGAGAGAGAGGUGGAUGAGAAGGGAAGAUCCAGCUCUGGAAUUUUGUCUGAGCAGAAACGUAAAGCUGGAGAAGGGGAGAAAGAUGAGAAAGAACAAGCACAGAAACCAUCUGAGAGCAUGAGCAAAUUUGCUAAACGGAGCAAUGAAGAGACAGUCAUGUCAGCAAGGGACCGCUAUUUGGCAAGGCAAAUGGCACGUGUUAGCACUAAAUCUUACAUUGAGAAGGAAGAAGAUUAA